AUGUGGGACAGCGCCGUGCGGUGGACCUUCGCAGCAGACCCAGAUCCUAAACUCGAUGAGCCCGCGCACGAGACGUCGGUUUCUGCAUCCACAAAAUCCAAACCCAAACGUAAAACACGCACGACAGAUGCCCACGACUUCACCACACUCAGACCGACUCCCCACCAACCCCGCGGCGUGCCUUCCCUGCUCGUGCAAAAGGGAAAGAGCGAGCCCGUGGUGUCGGUUCCGGACCCGGCGAUCUGUGGAAGCGCAGUCUUAGUAAAAGGCGACGCGCUCAACACGCUCGCUACCAUGGCUUCACCUGCUAUGGCCUCACCCGGUUCUGUCUCUUCAAUCUCAUCGCUAUCGUCUCCGCCGGACAGCCCGCUGGACAGUCCCAGUCGCAGUCCCAGCCCGGCUGCCCCUUCACCACCGUCACCGCCAGAGUCCGCGACACUCGCUCCAACAUCACCUCAAAACCCAACUUCAGACGACAAGCCUGACACCGCAGCCAUACGCCCCGAAAUCGACGCCAUGCAACCACCGCCCUACCCCGACCCGGACCCCGUGACAGAAGCCUUCCUCGCGCCCAUGAAGACGCAGCUCGAGAAGCUGCGCCUGUCCACCGCGAGCGCGGCACCGACACCGAACAUGCGCGCGUACUUUCCCUCUAUGAAGAGCCACCUGCAGCUGUUGCGGGAGCGGCUGGAGCCUGUGGGUGCUUUCAUUGUGCAGGAGGUGGAGAAGCUGGAGAGGGGGGGUGGGGCGGUGGAGAUGAGGGUUUGUCACCAUAUUGCGAGGCACCACUGGCCGCUGCCCCCGACCCCGGGCGAGGCGACGCACCUCCGCAUCCACGAAAUGUACCGCAAUGCGCUGUUCAAGCGCGCACAUCUGGCGCUGCGUCCUCCCCCGCCACAAACACAACCACAACCACACCCGAUACCUCCACCCCGAACCCCACCCCUUGACGAAGACAGCGCCGACGACAUGCCCGCGCUCGAACCCGCCGCAGCGCCCUUCACCAAGUCCGCGAAGAACAAGCUGUCCAGCAGCGUGAUGAAGCUGACAAAGCUCUUGCACAAGGACAAGGGAAAAGACGAUGCCGCCAAACAGGGCAAGGACACGCACGAUGACGACAACAGCAGCGUAGACUAG